CCUCUGAUACCCCACCCCUUCCGCUCUAGGGAAAAACUAGCUCCCAGGUCGUCUUCCGGCGGGAGCUGUGCUGCUCCUUAUCAUGGGGACAAUUCAUCUCUUUAGAAAACCACAGAGAUCUUUUUUUGGCAAGUUACUACAGGAAUUUAGACUUGUAGCAGCUGACCGAAGGUCCUGGAAGAUACUGCUCUUUGGUGUAAUAAAUUUAACAUGUACUGGCUUCCUGCUUAUGUGGUGCAGUUCUACGAACAGUAUAGCUUUAACUGCCUAUACUUACUUGACCAUAUUUGACCUUUUUAGUUUAAUAACAUGUUUGAUAAGUUACUGGGUAAUGAUGAGGAAACCUAGCCCUGUCUAUUCAUUUGGAUUUGAAAGAUUAGAAGUCUUGGCUGUAUUUGCCUCCACAGUCUUGGCACAAUUGGGAGCUCUCUUUAUAUUAAAAGAAAGUGCAGAACGCUUUCUGGAGCAGCCCGAGAUACCACCUGCUAGUACGAGUUGGCUUCAAGAGCAUGUUGCAGAUCUUAGUCGAAGCCUGUGUGGAAUUAUUCCAGGACUUAGCAGCAUCUUCCUUCCCCGAAUGAAUCCAUUUGUUUUGAUUGAUCUUGCUGGAGCAUUUGCUCUUUGUAUUACAUAUAUGCUAAUUGAAAUUAAUAAUUAUUUUGCUGUGGACACUGCUUCUGCCAUAGCCAUUGCUCUGAUGACAUUUGGCACUAUGUAUCCCAUGAGUGUGUACAGUGGCAAAGUAUUACUACAGACAACGCCACCCCAUGUUAUUGGUCAGUUGGACAAACUUAUCAGAGAGGUAUCUACCUUGGAUGGAGUUUUAGAAGUUCGAAAUGAGCAUUUUUGGACCCUAGGUUUUGGCUCACUGGCCGGAUCAGUGCAUGUAAGAAUUCGACGGGAUGCAAAUGAACAAAUGGUUCUUGCUCAUGUGACCAACAGGCUGUACACUCUAGUGUCUACUUUGACCGUUCAAAUUUUCAAGGAUGAUUGGAUUAGACCUGCCUUACUGUCUGGGCCUGUUGCAGCCAAUGUCCUAAACUUUUCAGAUCAUCACAUAAUUCCAAUGCCUCCUUUAAAGGGUACUGAUGAUUCAAACCCUGUUACGUCGACUCCAGCUAAACCUAGUAGUCCACCUCCAGAAUUUUCAUUUAACACCCCUGGAAAAAACGUGAGCCCAGUCAUUCUGCUCAACACCCAAACAAGACCUUCUGGUUUGGGUCUUAAUCAUGGACACACACCUUACAGUAGUAGCUUGCUUAAUCAAGGACUUGGAGUUCCAGGAAUUGGAGUAACCCAAGGAUUCAGGACUGGUUUUACAAAUAUGCCAAGUAGAUACGGAGCUAACAAUAGAACUGGACAACCAAGACCAUGAUGUACUGCAAUCUAACUUAUUUUUAUGAGGAACAUUGACUCCUUGAUUCCAUUUUAUUUACUAAUCCAGCUGUGCACCGACUGUUCAAUCGUUUACUCUAAAUGAUAGAGAAUAGUAGGUUUGUUCACAUUACAUGAAACUGAUGAAAGUACCUUUUUGUAAAUGUAUUUGGGGCUGUGAGAACCUUCUAAAUGUUAUAGGGUUUGAAAUUUAGGCUUCCUUUAGAAAGCGUGUUUCUCUGAAUUUAAAUUUUGUUAUUUGCUUUUGUAGUUGAUUGCAGUGUGAUAGACAUUAUAAGAGAACCACUUGAUGGAGCAAAUCUGUCACAUUAUUAAAAGUAUAAUAUUUUCUUCAAUGAAAUUUAUAAACAUGCUUCUUGAAUAAUGACAUACAUUUUAAGAAUGGAAAAAAACAUCCAUUCUGAAAGUAAAAGUCUCUUUUAUAGUUUUCCAAACUUAAUUGCUACAUUUUUUUUGAGGUCCUCCUGAUUUAUGUCUUGCAAAAGAAAGAAAAAGUUUUUAUCAAAAAUUUUAAAGCAUAUUCUGUCUAGCAUAAUUUGAAAUUUUUAAUUAUCAAAAAUUUUUUAGUUUUUUCAUUAAAAUAUUUCAGUACACUUAUAAAUAGUCUGUGGUUCUCAAGGUGUUUUAUUUUGGUUAAAUGAAUACCAAAUCCCGUGCAGUGAAGGAAUCCAGUUUUCUAUAUAACAUACAAUCAAAUUGAUAUAAUGAAACAAAAACAAACCCCCAAAGUACUGACAUAAUGAUGGAAUUUAUCUUUUUUGUCACCUUUCCAUUGGUUGACUUUACUCUCUCACUUUAUUAACAAAAUAUAUCAGAUAUAUUACCAAAAUAUAUAGAAUUCCAUGCAUAAUGUGGGAUUUGAUAUCUUUUCAAAUUGCAUAAACAAUUUGAGUUAACAUUAUAUAAUUUUACCAAAACAUAAUAGAUCCUACGUUAUAGAGUACAGUAUUGUUAUAUCUGUAACAGGCAGUUUCCAACUUAUUUUGUUUUGCUUUGUCAAAAUCAUAAAUUGUUAACUGUGAUGAAGUGUGAGAAUCAUGUGGAUUAUCUUGUUUUUUGAUUAUUUUCCAAAUGCGAAUGUUAAGGACUUGCCAACAUGGUCAGUAUUACUUAUAAAAAGUAUCACAAGCAGCAGUCACAAAUUACCUGAGGUAAUUUUUUAAAUUUAAUCAUGAGUUUUGUAAUUAGAGUUUUAAAAAGGUAUUUUGAGAGUGGAUUCAACUUUUCUGGAAUCUAGUACUCCUGGAGAUUUAUGAUUUUUUCCAGCCAUCAGCCAGCUAUGUAGAGAAGAUUUUUGUUUUUGUAGAAUUUGCAAGUUGCUUCAAUCAGCUCAUCCUCUUUUAAAUAUGAGCAGCACUUCCAAAUCUGAUUUCACAGUGGAAUAACAUCCAAGAAGCCAUCUUUGUCAAGCAGAGUUAUAGUCAUCCUGUAAUAAGUGGCCAUGUCCCAACUUUUGCUUGGUGAGGAGUUUGUCAUUGUCUUUAACAUCCGCAACCCUGUUCAGGCAUUUGACCUGCUGAAGAAAUAGAGCCCACACUACCUUGACUUCUGGGAAAAAUGAAAUUUUGUAAAUGUAAUAAGGCAAUCUGUUCCUUGUCCUUUGUCUUAUGUUCUCCAACUAUUAGUAUACCUAUUAUUGGUCUACUAUUACAGGGUGAUUUUUCCUCCAUUGACCUCAUCUAAGUGGGUCACGCAUGAAAUCUGAAGAACUGCCAUGUACUGAGUGAUGAUUAAGAGGUAUGUGCUGCCCCCCCCACCACCGCCGCAUGUCUUCUCCAUUCUCAUGAGAUUUUUAAAGUGUACAGAACACAAUUCUGCAUGAAGUUAAAUGCCUGUUUCCUCAUCACCCAUUCAGAGGCAACACCUGUGUAGUUGUCCCACCAAAGGUGCUUUGAUACCCACCUGCACUGUUUAAGAAGUUUGCUGUGGGUUUUGGAGGAAUUGGCUCUACUUCCUGAAAUUCACUGAUGCCAGCUGCUAUAGGUGACAUUGGUCAUUCAUGAUUAUAUAAAGAAGUCUUAUUUGCCAAGCUCUGGCCAGAUUCUGGAUAUGAAAACAAGAAACUUGGCCAACCUAGGACUAUGGGCAAUAGCCUUGCUGGUAAAUCUUGCCACAGAGUCACUUGAAGCCAAACAAGGAAGUUUGAAUUGAAUAUUUGGCCCAUUGUUUGUGAUUAAGAGCAAGUUCUAUGGAGUGUAAUUAACCCCGUCUCAGAAAACGCCAUACUGUAAUGGAAAAACACUGGACUAGAAGUCAGGAGAUUUGGAUUCUGAUCCUGACGCUGCCAUUAUGCUGAGGAAGCUUUUUUUAAAAAAGGAAGAUAAGCCUAGUAUCUUGAAGUCCACCGAGGAAAAUGAUCACGGGAAGUGAGCCGCCACACUGUGAAAACACUCAUGCAGCCUAUGGAGAGGUCAGGGAUGAGAAACUGAGGCCUCUGGGCAACCUGCCAACCCACUGGGGAGCCACCCAGAAAGCAGAUCCUCCGGCAGCCCCAUCCAACAUCUGGACUGCAACCUCGUGACAGAGCCUAAGCCAGAACCACACGGUUACCACUUUCCUCACCCACAGAAAUUGGUGACAGAUGAGGUAGAGCUUGAUGAGAAAUCUAUUGCAAAUGAAAAGUAAUCUUGGAUUACAGUCAAGUAGAGCAAGGCUCCUGCCAGCCUGUAGGUGCACACCACAAAGUAGCCCCUGUUCGAGUCACCAGGCUGGUCUACACAGGUAAAGCUGGUCUAUACAGGUGCGGAGGACCAAACUAAAGCUUCCGGCCACACCAGCACAUCUCUUAAUGCACAAUCUGAGGUUUUUAGCAGAACUGAAUAUCUUUCCCAGAUAUUUGAUAUCUUGUUUAUUCAACUUGCUGAAGUCCCGGAGUGUGACCUCCAGAGUCUUGAAUUCCUGCUUCCAGUUGAAGAACAAAGACACAGCCCUGCUGGGAAUCAGGUCAUAGAAGGUGCGGAACAGUGUUGUUUGUGUGUAGGAGUGGAACUCGCUUUCCCCCAUCUGGAUUACACAAGUGAUGACCACGAAGAGAGGGGUCUUCAUCAGGUUCCUCAAGCAUCUGGAUUUCCUAAUUUGGAGCAACAAGCCUUCAGCAUGCUCCUUCAUCAGCACUUCUCGGAUGAGAGUCUGGGCACUGUCCUCUGUCAUGUCCCCUACCUCGGCAAUCAGGGCACCAAACUGCCUGAUGUGUCUCAGGCACUCAGUGGUGGUGGUGACAAUGACCGUAUUCUUGAAGCGGUGGUUCUCCUUUAUGAGGGCUUCAAUCUCUGGGCAGUUCUGGGCCUUGAAUUCAUUGUAGCCAUCAAGAAGAAACAGAACUCUCUGCCGUAGCUUCAGCAGCAUGGCCAUGAAAGUCUGCUUCCUGAUGGUGUCAGGUAUAUCCAGGAGUUGAUCACACAGAGUUUCAAGGAGCCCACCCUGGGCCCUGCUCAGACGGACAAAGAAGACUAAUUUGAACUUGGUGAGAGCCUCACACGUUCCGGAAGCCCAGAGCAUGGCGAUUUGCUGCAGCAGAGUGGACUUCCCUUUGCCUGAUUCCCCCUCAAUGAUGCAGGGACUUAGAAGAGUGUCUAGCAGCCCAUCCAGGGUCAGCUGCUCCAAUCGGUGAUGGUGAUGGUCCUUCUUCCAUAGAACAGGUUCUGUGAAGGUGCUUUUCAAAUUAAAAAUAAUGUCGAAGUCUUCACCCAGAGGAUAGAAGUUCAGGAAAGAUGGAGUAUUGUAUAAAUACUUUAGACUCUGAGCCAAAUCAUCUAAGACUUCUUCUGACAUCUGCUUAGGAAGACCUGUUAGAGAAGAGGUAAGGUUAGAGGACCCAAUUCUGUGUUUCCCCAGAACUUAAGUUUUCAGGAGGAUGAAGAGGGAUUUAUGUUGGGAAUACUCCAUUGGUGACUUUACUUUCCUUCUCCAGUUCUGAGCUGGCACAAAGGGUUCCAAAUAUUUACUCUUCCCCUUUUGUCUUCUGUUUCCUUCUUUCCACCACAUGGUCUUUGCAGCAGUCAAUUGGAAAUAGGAGUCUAUGUUUGGGUUAAGUUCGAAAGUGUGUGAGAAUAGUGGGGUGGUGUGGGGUGGUGUGGGCCGUGAGGGGUGGUUAGGGGUAACUUUCCCCAGAUCGAGCCUUAACCUUGAUUAAAAUCUAUCAUAAAACAAAA